UCAAGACAUAAAGAUGUCAGCAAGCUAGGGCCACCACCUGUCCAAAGCUUGACUUGCACCAGAACAUCAAUGCAGCUCUCAGACGUAGACCGAUUUCCCACUGCGCGGGGACUGAGGUAUGGGGCUGAGCAACAGAUUGCUGUGAACGCAAUGGCUGCUCGCCUCCCUCCAUCGCUUGAGAACUUGGACGAAGUGUGGGCGAAGCUCCAGAAGUCAGAGGACUUGACAAGUGAAAUCCCAGACUCGCGGUGGGACGGCGAUUUCUAUUGUUGCUUGAAUGACGAAGUGCCCGGCAAGGUAUACACCCUGCGGGGUGGCUGGCUACAGGAAAGACUUCUUUUCGGCUUCGACUACAAAUAUUUCCAUAUGCACCGUUCUGAAGCGCAGUCUAUGGACCCCCAGUUCAGGAUGAUGCUAGAGUGCAUUGCCGAGAUGAAGCAUGGCUGGACAACGCCCAACAACGACGGCCGAAUUGCAUGUAUCAUGGGACAAACGUCCAACGAAUAUUUGGCUGCAUCAACUCUCCAUGAGAGUCAGACUCAAACGGGAAGAUUCACAAACACCGGCACGAACACAUGUAUGCUGGGAAACCGUGCUUGCUUUGAGUUCAACUUCCGGGGGCCCAGUUUCACCUGCGACACUGCAUGCAGUUCGGCUCUCUAUGCCACUAUCCUUUGCUGUCAGCAGAUCGAAGAUGGAUGUUGGGGAGGAGUGGCUGGCGGUGCGAAUGCUUGCCUGUUGCCAAUGACUACAAUUGGGUUUUGCAAGGCUGGGAUGCUUAGUCGUUCCGGCCGGUGCAAGAGCUUCGACGCUUCGGCAGAUGGUUAUGCAAGGGCUGAAGGCGCUGGUUGUGUUUUUUUGGAAUCCGUGGAUGGCGCGAACUUUCAUUGGGCCUUUGUCAGAGGACGUGGGGUGAUGUUGAACGAUGGGAAGACCAGUGGGGUUGCUGUGCCAUCGUUGCAGGGUCAGAUUGGAAUGUUCCGUGAUGCUUUGAAAAGGGCCGAGAUUGAUGCGAGCAAAGUCGGAUAUGUGGAAGCUCAUGCUCCGGGCACCUGGGCCGGAGACCAGGUGGAGAGCAUUGCUUUGGGCAAGACCAUGGGGAGGUCUAAAGAGUCUGAGUACAAUGUUCCGUUGCCCAUCGGCUCCGUGAAGUCCAAUAUGGGACAUCUGGAAGGAGCUAGCGGCAUAGCUGGUAUCAUAAAGCUGGUAUUGAUGAUGCGCCAUGAGAGAUUGGUGCCGCUGUGCCCGAGUGCCUUUCAGGAACGCCGUGAGGAUGUUCCCUGGGACUCUUUGGGCAUUUUUCCGUUGGCAAAGGACAUGAGAUGGCCUCAGGGGCCGGUGGGUUUUGUGAGCUCCUUUGGCUUUGGGGGUGCUGGAGCAGUUUGCGGCUUCGAGCGGCCCCAAAAAGCGGAAGAGAAUCUUCAGUCGCAGUUUUGCUUUGUCUUCAGUGGCAUGGGCACGCAAGAGCCAAAGAUGUUGCAGAAACUACCCGGUGGCUUGAGACCAUUACUGGACUCGAUGUCCGAUCACCUGAAGAAGCUGGGAUUCUCCUAUGACCUUCUUGAACUUGAAGAUGAGAUCGACAAGCGAAAGAAAAGUGAUCAAGAUGACACAGAUCUUUCGCAAGUGGCCAUUUUUGCUCAUCAGGUUUGCCUGGCGCAUUGGCUGAUAGAGAUGGGAGUGAAACCUAGAAUUUGCAUCGGGCACAGCUUGGGUGAAGUCGCCGCAUUUUAUGUCGCAGAGCGCAUCUCGCUGGAGACUGCAGUGGCCAUCAUCUACCACCGUGCUCGGCGAUUGAGUUCUGUCAAGCCAGGUCGCAUGAUGGCGAUGAUGUUGGAUGACGGUGACAAUGCUCAGCAAAUCAUCCAGAGAGUUGCUCCAGACCUGGCUGUUGCUGCGUACAAUUCGGCAAAAGAUUGCGUCGUUGCAGGCACAGAGGAGUCUAUACAGGCAUUGAAGAGCUGGAUGUCGAAGAAGGGAAAGCGGUUUGUGGAGCUUCAUGGGGUGAAGAAGGCUUUUCAUUCUCAGCACGUGCAAGAGGCUGCUGACCAUUUGGUGCGCGAUGUCUCUGGCUUGGAUUUGAAACCGCCGUCAAGGUUUCCAAGGCGAUUAUUGGUUUCAACAGUGACUGGACGGUAUGUUGAAACUGCCAACGUGCAGCCGGCUGAAUGGGCAACAUAUUGGGGCCGCAAUCUGGAACAGCAAGUGGUUUUCUCCCAAGGCAUCAAGACCAUUUUGCAAGACAGCCCAGGCGCAACGUUUAUCGAGCUGGCCGGACGUUCUCACUUGUCCCGGUACAUUGAGAUGUCGACCCCCAAGCCACGCUGCCUUAAAAUAUCGUGGCUGCCAGGGGGCUUUGCACUCCGCCGACCCUGGGAUCGAGAAAUUAUGCGUUUGAGAGGAUCCAUCAUGGAGGAACAGGUCUUGUGGCCUGUGCAGAACGAGCACCCGUUGUUGGGAGCAGCGCUGGAUCUGGCAAUCGACUGUGGCAGACAGCAGGUGUUCGAAAAUGCACACUUUUCCAUAGAACGGGCUCCUUGGAUGGCAGACCAUGUCAUUCAGGGGCAAGUCAUUUGCCCCGGCAUGGCCUUCGUGGAGAUAUUUGUGGAAUGCGCGAGACAAACCGUGGAGGUGGAGCUUCCGGACAUUGAAAUCUGUGAUAUUCACUUCGAGACGACGCUGGCAAUGAAGAUGGCAAAGUCGGUAAAAACGCACACAUGUUUUGAUCUACUUGGGCGGAAUAUUACUUUCCACAGCAUGGCUGAGCGGAACGGCAAGAAAUGGCAACGACAUUGCCGAGCUACUGUGGCUCACAACGAUGCCCCUUGUGUUCACAAGUGUGACUUGCAGAAGAAGGCAAACGGCUGGCCAUCAAUUUCGUCUGAAGAACUCUACAAGAAGCUGUCCGAUUUCUUUCAGCUCCACAGAACCUUUCAGGGCAUUAGAAAAUUGUUUCAUCAGGCAGGGCAGACGGAAGUGAUUUGUGAAAUCUCCUUGGAUGAAGGGGAGAGACGCAGAGCUCAAAGCUUCAACAUUCACCCAGCGCUCUUGGACAGCAUCAUUCAGAGUGGGUUGGGGCUCAUUUGCGUUAGUGGCGGAGACUUCAGGGGUGUGCCCUUCCACUUGGGCAAGUUUCGUCUCAUGAAGAGGAGGGAGAACUUCCCGUGUGACCUACGCACAUGGUGUCAAGGAAGAAGUGUUGACAACGGCUUCUACCUCAAUGUCCAGGCUUUUGACAUGAAUGGCGAAAUUGUGUGCUCCGUCCAGGAUUUGUUCUUCAAAAACAUUUGGGCACUGGUGCCGAGCCCCACAGUCAAGCUGGAUCUAGAAUGGAGGAAACUUUGGGGCGACGACCUUGAGGCGGUGAGCAUGAAUGUGGAUAAGCAGCAUUGGCUAGUGAUUUGGCCUGGGCAAGAGGAAUUUUCUGAGCUGACUCUUUUUGAAGGUAUCAAGCAAGUGGUGCGCGCCACACUUGUGCGUGAGUUUCCUUUGGAGAGUGCCGCAUUGAAAGGGAUCACCCACACUGCUGUCAUUGCUGAAAGUCAGAUGACACAGGCGGGUUGGGCUUUGAUGGAAGAUGAGCAUGAUAGGUGCCUCAAUGGUUGCCGCAAUUUGUUUGGCCUUCGAGGGAUCGAGAAGAAUGGAAAAGCUAGCAACGUUAUGUCUCCUUUGAUUGCAAUGACCCUUCAGUGUUUGCAUUCGUUUGCGUAUAAGACUUGCCAAAUGUGUUGGGAUGGUGGACUUUGCAGCUGGCUGAGCCAGGAUCCAAUGUUGUACCUGGACAAAGCAUUUCACUUUAUUCGCUUCUACCAGUCUUGCGAUGGCUUGGGCAGGAGCUUGUCGAUCACCUUAAUUACUCAAGGAGGUGUUGCUUUGCCAGAUGAAGAACAGGAUGUAGAUCCAAUUCAGAACAUGAUAGGCCAUUCAUGUCUGACAAUGGCCCACGAGACAAACCAGCUUGCAAUUCGGUGGCUGGACAUGCCUCAUGUUUCAUCCAUGGGGUCUUCGAGAAAGGAAUGCGUUGAUGCAGUAGCAAGAUGCUUGAUCCAGUGGCCCCGCAGUUCCUCCGAGUUGGUGCUGCGUUUUGAAAAGGAUGGUGCGCAGUUGUUUGGUGCCUCCUUGCGUGAAACACCCUGGGAAGCGACCAGUCCUUUGAUUUGCCUGGAGACAGCCCCACUGGAGCAUACCCUUGAUUUGAAGCCAGGGCUUUCCUUCAGCGUGCAACAACAAUCCGGAGUGUACGUGUUGACAUGGUCUGGAGGUGAAACGUUUCCUUUGCCCUUUGACAUUGACCCUCACAGUGUGCUGAGACGCUUGAAGGAUUGGCUUGUGCCCGCACUUCUGCGUCAAUUUGACAUGGAGGGGCAACUCGUCUUGCUUCAGGGCAUUGUCGGCGAUCUGGAGAUCAACAGACUAGACAAGUUCUGUCAAAAGAUGAAGUGCACGAGGAUCCUGCUCAUUCACAAUGAGCUAGACAGCUCUCCCCAAAGUUGUGGGAAGGUGUUGAUGGUCAGUCCCACGGAUAUUUUGGAACAUGUGGUAAAGUUUGAUAACGACACCGGAUUCAUCAACCUUGCUGGCUCAGAUGAAGUCUUUGCGCAAAUUGGGUCCCUAUGCUCUGGCCACGUGACAAACCUGAACAGCCUGAGCUUGCGGGCGAUUUGCAAACUAUUGCCUGAGAGCAUCCGACUAAUCCUCCAGGAAGACCUGAUGAUGCGAAGCUUUGAUGCGCAGCAGACCACCCCGCUACCAGGGGCAAGUGUCCAGGUUCGUUCGGAUGGAACUUAUGUGGUCGCAGGUGGCACCAGGGGCCUGGGCUUGCAGCUGGCAAGGUGGCUCAAGGAUCACGGUGGGAAAAACGUCGUAAUCAUGGGAAGACACAGGCCGGAGGACUUGCCUGACAUGUUGCUUUUCGAGGAGUGCGACAUCACCGACGCUGACUUGGUGAGAGAGGUGUUGAGCAAGGUUCCUUCGCCGGUUUGUGGCCUGAUCUCUGUGGCUACGGAGUAUCACGACAAGCCGUUGGUUGAAGUCAAAUGUGCAGAGGACCUGUCACGGGCCAUCAAAGCCAAGACGCUUUGUUCCCUUCACUUGCACCAAGCCAGCCAGAAUCUGAACCUAGAUCGCAACAUUGAUUUUCUGGCAAUUUCCAGCAUCGCGACCCUCUUUGGAAGCCAUUCUCAAGCGGGCUAUGUCAUGGCCAAUGGGUAUGUUCAAGGCUUGAUGCAACACCGGCGCGCUAAAGGUCUGCGGGGCUGUUACAUGAACGUUGGAGUGGUCUCCGAUGUUGGUUUUGCUGCUGACCAUCCACAGAUCAUUCGUGAUUGGCAACGCCGUGGCAUUGCGCCGGUGUCCUCAGACAAGGUUUGUUUGGCUAUAGGACGAUUGCUGAUGUCGGGGCGCAACUCUUUGGCCUUUUCCUGCAAAGCCGAUACCAGGAGUUAUUUUCAGGCCUUUCCCCACUUGGUGCUCAACAUGGAAAAGCGGGGCAAUUUGAGCCGCUUGCGGGGUUUGAUGACAAGAGAGGAGUUUCAAGAUCUCAGAAACCUCUUGGAGGAUGCGGGAGAUUUGCGGCAAAGGCUCGGCAUCAUGAGCGCAGAAGACAAGGAGGAAUUUGUCAAGGAACAAGUGGCGAAGGUUGUCAAGUCGAAGCUAGACAUCAAUGAUUUCAGCGAGGGAGAUCCACUUGAGGAUUUGGGGCUGACUUCACAGACGGCAUCAAUGAUCCGGCAAGACCUCAACGCCAAAUUCCGGGUGAACCUUGAACAGAUGCUGGUGCUGACCGCUGGUGUACCAGAGAUCGCCUCGGGCAUCCUGUCUCAUUUAGAAAGCCAAUCUGAAGGGAAUAGGUGGUGGCAGCUCAUCGGCAACCAGGUGACCAAUCCCUCCUCGCUACUGCUUUGCAUGCCGCCGAAUGCAUCCGGCACAUCUGUUUACAAAUCAUGGCUUCAACAUACAACGGUGCCUGUGGUCUGUGGCACUCCUCCUGGAUGGGCGGACCGAUUGGAAGAGGGCUGCGUGGAGAACUGGUCAGAUCUGAUCCAGACUUUCUUCAAUGAACUGCAGCACUUCUUGCAGCAUCAUGGCUGGGGAGAAGUUCCGCUGGUGCUCUAUGGACAUUCCUUCGGCGCACUCAUUGUUGCGGCCCUGGCUGAGCGACUUGAAAGGGAAUGCAAAGAGGUGCAGCAUCUGGGCAUUGGAGCAUGGUGUGCUCCACAAAAGAGCUACAGAGAGCGGUACCCUGAACACAUGAAAGUAGACUUCGAGAAACUCAAGGAUCCCAAGGUGGACCUGCUUUUCGCAAAAGAAGAACUAAGACACUUUGAGUUUUUGCCCGAAGAAUUCUUCACGCACAGCGAUGGCGCGAUUCUGCAGACUGCACGUUGCGUUGCGGCAAGCCUCAAAAUGCUGCAACAAUCCUGGGCCUGUCCGAAGCUGACAUGUCCAAUAACCGCUUUCUGUGGCACUCAUGACCCAUUUGUGACCGAUAAAGACAUGCAGGGCUGGAACGGCAGCUCAGCACACUUCUGCUUGAGAACCAUAGAGGGCGGUCAUGCUUUUGUGCAUGCUAGGGGGAAAGAUAUUUGUCAAGAAAUUCUAGCGCAACAUGUACGCUAGGUGUUGCAUGUGUCAUUGCCACUUAAUUGAAACUGGAAACUGACAAACAUCUCUGAAUUGCAGACUGCUAUAUAUAGACUCCCACAAAAUUGUGUUUUGUUUGGAAUGCGCUUCGCUAUACAAGGCCAAAACCAAUUUUUGAGGUUGCUUGGCACCCAGACAAGCCGAUAGCUCGAGUGUAGAUAUUGGCAGGCAGGAUUGAUGAAUUGCAGGUGCUUCAACGGCACCAGUGCACGCUAGUGCGGCGUUUUUUUAGCGCAGUGUGCCAGAAGUGAAGUUCACUGACAUUCACUGACCAGUGGAAGUAGGAGUGGCAGUGGCAUGUAUAGCAUGUUGGGGUUUAAGUCUUGUUUCAGAUGUUUGUUGCAAACUCAAAUGCAUGAUCACCCCAUGGCAAGGGUGUGUUGCUAACGCUCCGCUCUGGUCUUGUCUCGAGUCGAGAGGUUGUUUACACUUCGAAGCAAGUGUGGUUUUUGGAAG